CGCCGUGAGGAGGCGCGGGUCCAGCCGAGCUCGCUCGGCGCCCCCCUCCCUCCCUCCCUUUUAAAACAACAACAGCAGCAGCGCCGUCAUCACCGUCAUUAUCAACGAGAUCCUCCUGUCAAUGCGCCACGAGUAAAGCCGUCGCCUCGUUGCUGCUUCGCUCCUCGUGGGGGUCGAGAAGAGGUCGCUAGUCCGGGACAUCCCAUCCACACCCCCCCCCCCGUCACUCGCAGCCCUACCGACUCGGACGCGCCUUCCUCGGUAGGGUCGCUAGCCGGGUCGGCGUCUCCCGCCGGGCCUGCGGCCUAGUGAGUGAGUGAGAGAGAGAGACGUCCCCUCUUCAGUCGAACUUGCUCGGCCACUCGCCGUAGCUCGCAAGUCCCCGCAUGGCUUCCCGCAACAACCGCGUGGUGACCGAGGGUGUUGGGGCUCGCAUCGUCCGCGGACCCGACUGGAAGUGGGGCAAGCAGGACGGAGGCGAAGGCCACGCCGGCACCGUGAGGAGCUUCGAGAGCCCCGAGGAGGUGGUGGUCGUGUGGGAUAAUGGCACCGCCGCCAACUACCGCUGCUCGGGCGCCUACGACCUCCGUAUCCUGGACAGCGCGCCCACAGGAAUUAAGCACGAUGGCACCAUGUGUGAUACCUGCCGCCUGCAGCCCAUCAUCGGCAUCCGCUGGAAGUGUGCCGAGUGCACCAACUACGACCUGUGCACGGCAUGCUACCACGGGGACAAACACCACCUGCGUCACCGCUUCUACCGUAUCACCACGCCCGGCAGCGAAAGGGUGCUGCUGGAGUCUCGACGCAAGUCCAAGAAGAUCACGAGCCGCGGCAUCUUCCCCGGUGCGCGCGUCGUGCGUGGGGUCGACUGGCAGUGGGAGGACCAGGAUGGGGGGAACGGGCGCAGAGGAAAGUUCGCCUCUUCCGCUCAGGUGACGGAGAUACAGGACUGGAGCGCCGCGAGUCCACGCAGUGCCGCCUACGUGCUGUGGGACAAUGGCGCCAAGAACCUGUACCGCGUGGGCUUCGAGGGCAUGUCGGAUUUGAAAUGCAUCCAAGACGCAAAGGGUGGAUCCUUUUACAGAGAUCACUGCCCAGUGUUGGGCGAGUUGAACGGGAGCCGGAAUCCCGGCGGGCUGCAGAUCAGCGACUUGGUGAACAUCGACCUGGAGCUGGAGAUUGUGCAGUCGCUGCAGCACGGCCACGGCGGCUGGACGGACGGCAUGUUCGAGACGCUCUCCACCACCGGCACCGUGUGCGGCAUCGACGAGGACCACGACAUCGUCGUGCAGUACCCCAGCGGCAACAGGUGGACCUUCAACCCAGCGGUGCUGACCAAGGCCAACUAUGUGCGCGGGCCGGAGGGCGCGAGCCACGGAGCCGAGGGCGGCUCCUCGGCCUCGCAGUUCACGGUGGGCGACGUGGUGCAGAUCUGCGGGGACCUGGAGCGCGUGAAGCUGCUGCAGCGCGGACACGGGGAGUGGGCGGAGGCCAUGCUGCCGACCCUCGGCAAGGUUGGGCGCGUGCAGCAGAUUUACCAUGACAACGACCUGAAGGUGGAGGUUUGCGGCACGUCCUGGACCUACAACCCGGCUGCGGUCACCAAAGUGUCGUCCGAGCUGCCUGGCACCAGCAACCCAUCUGGAGAGCGGCUGUCGCAGUUGCUCAAGAAGCUGUUUGAGACGCACGUGUCUGGAGACGUCAACGAGGAGCUGGUCAAGGCUUCGGCCAACGGCGACGUGACCAAGGUGGAGGAGAUCCUGUCUCGACCCGACGCUGAUCAGGCCAACGGGCAGUUUGCGGGCCACACGGCGCUGCAGGCAGCCAGCCAGAACGGGCACGUGGACAUCAUCAAGGCUCUGCUCAAGUACAAGGUGGACCUGGAGGCCGAGGAUAAAGACGGGGACCGCGCCGUCCACCACGCGGCCUUCGGGGACGAGGGCGCCGUCAUGGAGGCGCUGCAGCGCGGCGGCGCCGACCUCAACGCUCGCAACAAGCGGCGUCAGACACCGCUGCACAUCGCCGUCAACAAGGGCCAUCUGCAGGUGGUGAAGACACUGCUCGACCUCGACAGCCACCCCAGCCUGCAGGACUCUGAGGGCGACACUCCGCUGCACGACGCCAUCAGCAAGAAGCGGGAUGACAUGCUGUCCGUCCUCAUCGACGCCGGUGCGGACGUGUCGCUCACCAACAACAACGGCUUCAACGCGCUGCACCACGCCUCGCUGCGCGGGAACCCCAGCGCAGUGCGGGUGCUGCUCUCGAAGCUGCCGCGUCCGUGGAUCGUGGACGAGAAGAAGGACGACGGCUACACGGCGUUGCACCUCGCCUCGCUCAACAACCACGUGGAGGUGGCCGAGCUGCUCAUCCACCAGGGCAGCGCCAACCUGGACAUCCAGAACCAGAACCAGCAGACGGCGCUGCACCUGGCGGUGGAGCGAGAGCACACGCAGGUGGUGCGGCUGCUGGUGCGUGCUGGGGCCAAGCUGAAUGCGCAGGACAAGGAUGGGGACACACCGCUGCACGAGGCCCUACGCCACCACACCCUGUCGCAGCUGCGUCAGCUGCAGGACAUGCAAGAAGUGGGCAAGCUGCUGAUGGGACUCGGGAACCAGGGCGCGGAGAAGAAGAACUCGGCCUCCAUCGCUUGCUUCCUGUCCGCAAACGGCGCUGACCUGUCCCUGCGAAACAAGAAGGGGCAGUCGCCCCUCGACCUUUGCCCCGACCCCAACCUCUGCAAGGCGCUGUCCAAGUGUCACCGUGAGAAGAACAGCCCGCAGGCGUCGUGCCGCAGCCCCUCGGGCGGGGGGGAGAGCGGCGGGGAGUCGCACGAGGAGUGCAUGGUGUGCUCCGACCUCAAGCGCGACACGCUCUUCGGGCCGUGCGGCCACAUCGCCACGUGCUCGCUUUGCUCGCCGCGCGUCAAGAAGUGCCUCGUGUGCAAGGAGCCCGUGCAGUCGCGCACCAAGAUCGAGGAGUGCGUCGUGUGCUCGGACAAGCGGGCCGCCGUUCUCUUCCAGCCAUGCGGUCACAUGUGCGCCUGCGACAACUGCGCAAGCCUCAUGAAGAAGUGCGUGCAGUGCCGCUCCACGGUCGACGUCCGCGUGCCGUUCAGCGUGUGCUGCGGCAGCAAGGCGAGCGACGAGGAGGAGGAAGAGGAUGAGGACGACCCCUACAGUGGCAUGGGAAACAUGCAGCCGCUGCAGAAGGACAAGGACAACACGAACAUGAACGCUGACAUCCACAAGCUGCAGCAGCAGCUGCAGGACAUCAAGGAGCAGACCAUGUGUCCCGUGUGCCUGGACCGCCUGAAGAACAUGAUCUUCCUGUGCGGGCACGGCACGUGCCAGCUCUGUGGGGACCGCAUGAGCGAGUGUCCCAUCUGCCGCAAGAGCAUCGAGCGCCGGGUGCUGCUCUACUGAGGACGCUCGCCCGCUUGCCCGUACGCUUGCCCGCUCGUCCGUACGUACGCUCGCCCGUUCGCUCGCUAGCCCGUCUGUCGAUACAAACCCGUACGUCUACACCAAGCGCACGCAACACCUCGCUCUUUGAAAACCCCCCCCCCCUCCACCACCCCGCACCCACUCCCCCUCCUUCAGAAGCACGUGCGCGAUUGCUGACCUUGUGGCCGGACAGGCCCGAGUGGGCGCUCUGUGCUUGGGCGGUGGUGCCAGCCGUGCGGUGAUGCCACGUGUGAGCUGUGCCUUACGCGCUCACUCGCUGCCUAGGGCGCGCGGUUCACGUCAAACGAGGACCUCGUUGAUCGUGAACGUAGAUUCCUCCCGAAGAGAGAAUAGAGCGUCGUGAAAAUUCCCAGUAGGGGGUGGCUGGUGGCUCCCGCCCGCUCGUUGGCACACAGGCGCGUAGCGAGCCGCGUAGCGAGCGUCCCCAUCGAGGCUGUGGGAGUGGCAAUGGGGGGGUGUUAAUCCCAUGGUAUUCAGCCUUGCUGGGAUCACCUGUUACAAAUGUACACCAAGUGCCGCAUCCCCCCCCCCCCUGCCUGCAAUCAAUCUUAGCGUUGGGUGGCGUACAGGCACGGUGUCCACUUCUGAGGGUCCCUCAGAGUCCAGAGUAGGUGAGGAUGUCAGAUGCAAUAGAAAUGGCGGGGUGGGGUGGGGCGGAACGGAGUAGAUAGUGUUUCCGGGUGAAGCGGAGUUUGUGUCACAAACCUGAGAGCCUCGUCCCAAGCACUGAUCACCGCACAAAUAAAUCUCUCCGUAACAGGAGUCUGUAUGUGCUUCUGUUUCAAGUUAUGUUCGCGUUGGGUUCACGACCAGAAUCAGAAGCCCUAUCUCGACUGGAUGAAUUCGAAAAGCUAUGAAGCUCUUUUUCGUAGUUGUCCAGUCCAGGCAGGUCAACAAGUGACACCAACACACAAUACAAACAAGAUGGAGUAAAGGUAAGCAAGUUGCUAUAAAUAAAGUAUGCAAGUACAAAUUGCCGAUUUGUCAACACCAAAUGCAAGCUUGGGCAAGGCAGCAAAACAACAACAACAAAACAUUGUCCCAGACCCCACCAAGACAACAACACAACCCAUGUAACCCUAAACGGGAUUCCUACAUUUCUUAUUUUCAUACCUUGGCCUUGAAUGAUAGGAGUUGCCCUGUAAUUUACUGGAGCCACAAUAAACGUUGUGCAUUGUCGCCUUUCGCAAUGUCCUGAGUAGGUGGUGCGGAUUCUUGUAGAGUUGUUUGGGGAGCUCAAGUGAAAGCCACCGCCUGGGUUAGACGCAAGAGCAGUAAAGAUGCCCGUUAGGUAAUGGAGACAACAGGAUACUUGCUUCUUAUACAUCGCAGCCUCGUUCCGAUGUCUGGCCAGAAGAUACCUUCGCAAUUGUCAGUAGCACAACUUGUAGCGUGAUGCAAACUUCGCUUGCGGCAAAACAAUGGGAGCCGUCGGUGGACGAACACGUUGGGUGAAAUGUGGCAGGUUGGGCUCUGUCCUGGGGGUGAGUGUCUUCUCUGUGUGUCUCGAUGACAGUGUUGGUCCACCAAAGUCCAUGCCGGCGCUCAAGUUACUGCAGACUUUGAUGGCCGUGUUUGUUCUGCGUGGAAAUAAAUAUUCCAACUCGGAUCAACGGGCCUGAGAAAGUAAACAUGUAUUUUAACAAUAGAACCAGCAAGUUAAUCCACGUGCAUACAUACUGAGCGGCAACCUUCUGGCUAAAAGCCACUGCCUGGUUUUGUACCUAUGCAUUUGACCAACUCGUGAUGGUGCACAGCUAAAGACGCCAUACCAUUGCCGCAUCUCACAGCACAGUGCAUCUUCUACCAUCCCCUGUUUCGCAACACCCAGAAGGACCUCCACUUUUCAUCCCUCCGCACCCACGUUGCUCUGUGGUGCGACUCGUUUUGUAGCUUCCCACAAUUUCACACGUUUGCUCAAGAGCCAAAAACACGAUUAUCAGGACAAAGACGGGUUCUUGAAGCUUGUUGGCAUUUUCAAUCUGCACCCCGGCAAUAGGCUUUGGGGACGUUCGACAUCGCACGCAGAGCUGCUGUCCAGUUGAAGCUUCACUUCUUCGAAGCCUCGUCCCCUUUCGCAUCCACCGUCAUGGUCACCAAGCCACCGCUUUCCAGAUAACCCCGCCGGACCAAUAGGUUCAGUGUUGAACGUUGCGUUCUCAAAGUUCUUAGCUUCGAUAAAGUAAACAUGUCUGCUUCCUCUGCCAGCCUUGAUUGCACACGGAGGCAAAACUAUAGUUUUUUACUUAUUUCCCAAGCGAUUAACACUUUUUACCAAGUCUAUCUCUUCCCACGAUAUCUGCUGAGAAUAAUUGCGGACUUGCGUUUUCAUUGCUGCUGCACGACUUGUUACUAUACUCUUUAACAAUCAUGCUUCUUGUUCAACAUUGUCCAACAUUUGCAAACUGUUAAUUUGAAACAUCAGUUCUAAACAUACCAACAGUUUCCGUUUUCUACAAAAUGUCUUGCCCUUGAACGUGUAUUCCCAAAAUCAAGCGGUCGCAAAUGGGGUUCAUCUGCACGUACUCCGUAAUCGCAACAGACGGCCGCUCGUAGCGGCAUUAUUGAAUACCAAUCUACUCUUUCUGCGGGAGCUUCAUUGCUUGCCUCGAAAGUAUCUCUCCUGGCAAGAUAUUUUGCCAGCAUGCGUUAUUACUCGGUCAUGCGGCAAUACCUUACGCAUGUUCUCGGUUCAUCUUCGGAUAAGCUUCGAACUGUCACAGACUUUACUUUCAUACAGUUUCUGGUUACUAUCAACCGAGCCCAUCUUUGCUACGAGAGGGUUUGUUGCCUGAUGAAGACAGAUUGGGACGGGAGGUCAAAGGGCAAGAGGGCAACAAAAAAAAACACGUGAACAGUGAUGCAACGCGCCCCGUAAGAAAAGUCUCCGACAUUGUGUGCACAGAGACAUGCACACCAUUUAUUUUUUAAGCCUCAUGUAGCACGUUGUAUAGCUAAACGUUAUGUUUAAAGCGUUCGUGCAUUCGCGUAGUUAAGCUUGUGUGACGCGUUAAUUUAAGUGUUAUCUCUCCCCCUUAAGACCUGUGUUACAUUUAAACAGUUCAGUUAUUGAUUGUGUAAAGGUUGUUUCGACUGCUGUAAUGCAUUUGUAACCAUACUGAUGAUGCUAAUGAUGAUGAAAUGUGAAAACGGUUCCCCUAAGGUCUGUUUGUGUGAGGCCUUUUGCAUCGUGCGCGGAAUAAGUGCCCAUCACAAAGAUUCCGCUUCAAAAACACAAACUGGGCUACUGGGCAUCUGUCUGAUCAGCUGGUGCUGCAGUUAGACUGGCCACAUACUUGGUGCAUCCUAAAUCUCAACUUCAUUGCUAGCUAUUGAAGUAUUUACGUUGCGCUAAGGAUGUGAUGGCCCAAAUACUGGACCAACCGAAUGCGGCAAAUGGUUGGUUGCCCGAUGGCCAGAUUCAACUGAAUGCUAAGGUGGGGUGGGUUGGCUCCUUGCCCGAGCCCAGUAUUUCCAAUGCUCCAGUCCAUGUGACCACCCCAUGAAAGUUCUCUUUCUAGUCUGUUCCAUGUGCUGUCGCGUGCUCUGUAUCGUGGUGGGACGCAGGCAUACACGCACACGCAAAUCCUAACAAAAAUGAUUAUACUUUGGUAUAUAUUGAGAGAUUGUGUGUACGUCUCUAUUUUGAUUGGAAUCGUUGCUGUCAAUUUCCCGUGAGACGUGUUUAUCAACCAUCAGUCACGUGCAGCGUGAAAUGUACCCAAUUUGUAUUUGAACAGCAUUGGCUUUACACGCAAAGUGGUGGGUCGCGAGAGCUUAAAACUCUGGAAACAUUAUCCUAGCCCCUUUACACUGCUAUUGGGUGUUUGCAUGGAUGAGUACAACUGUUUUGAGGCUAUGAACACCCGCAGCCCGGACUCGUAUAUUCACAGCUUUAUACACAACGCCACAAUCUAUGGAACGUUGUAGUUUGCAGCUUUGUCCAUAUCGGCCUCUUAAACCCAGUGUCAGUACGGCUUUCAUUUAUAUAAUGGGAUGGACAUCAUAGCCUACCCUUCUGCUGAAACUCAAGACGAGCAAAAGAGAUGGAGGAGCAUUGCUACCCCAACAACAACAACAGAGUACAACUGCUGCCACCAGGGGCUCGUGGCAAUGCAGGGUGAGCGCUGUAGCCUUAGAGUGGGUCCGCACUUGAUCACUAAACGCAAGUAACUUAAUGUAAUGGGCAAUUAUGGGCCACUGAUAAGUUACGUACCGCUCUUAUUCACUUGGGUGAACAUUGGAACGUUAAGUGAACCAGUGGCUAAUCGGGAUCAGGGUAAUCGGAGGGUGAAGCCAAGGGUUUUUGAAGCAAUUGUACAAACCACGUGGCAUACCAUGUGACCAUAGCAUGUACGUGCCACUGUUACCAUGCGAACACGUUUCGCAUGAAGGCAACGUGAAGUUCAUUUAACGUUUGUCAAAGAUCCAGUGUGAACCCACUCUGAGUAAACAUCCUAGGCAUACGUUAUCAGAUGGCUUUUAGGAACCGGUGUGAUGAUGCGAGACGUUUGAUUAUGUUCAGACUCGGUCGCGUCUUCAAUGCUUGUGCGAACCCCUAACGGAACACGUAUUCUCUAUAAUGUAAUAAAAUACGUUAUCAUUGA